GGAUGGGCGUGUCGCGCCGGGUGCGGGAACUGCAGGAGCAGCACGACGCGGAGCUCCGGAAGCGGCCGAAGCGGCCGAUGGCUGUGCGUAGCUCGAAGGAGGCGGAAGCGGUGGGAGAGUCUGCAGAGCAGAUCGAGGCGCCCGGGCAUGCAGAGUUGCCUGGACCCAUCUUGCCAGCUUUGCCAGAAGCGACUGAAGCGACUCAAGUGACAUGCUUUGUGCCUGAAGCCGUGGACCCAACUAACCAGACCGCUGCACUUCCUUUCAAGGACGAGAAAUCUGAGGAUGGGUCCAAACCUGGUGCACCAACACCAUGUGACGCACAGCCAUCUGAGAUCCAAAAGAUUCAGAUGCCAAAGGCUAAGUUGUCCAAAGUGACAACCGCAAGGGCUGCGCCUUCCAGGACCAGUCGCCCGGCGGUUGCCAUACGUCGUUGGCGCCAGGCGAAGGAACAGAAGAAACGACAGGGCCUUUUGCAGCAGAUACAGCAAGUGCGUGGAGAGAUGAAAUUGGAACGUCGACAGUUGCUGUCAGCACUACAGCGCUCUUCAAGUGGUUAUGCUACCCUGGAGGCGGAGUUGCACCAAUAUGCCAGGGAACUGAAAGCACGCUUCCGCGCCGUGUCCUUUCGCUUGAGCGCCGAUCAGAAGGAGCACCUGAAGUGUCUUCGGGAGCUGAAGCACCUGAGACACUUGGCGGCCGAGCACUCGGAGCUGCAAUUGGCCUUUGUGAAUCUUCUGAAUCUCUGCGGCUUCGCCAGGACGUCGGCACUUCGAACGCCAGGAAGUACGCCAGGACGUGCGCCAGGACGCUCUCGCUCUUCUCACACUGCCACGGGACCCCUUCCGCCCGACGACGACGACGUCAUCGUGGAAGGCGAGGACGCGGACGGCACGCUCGACGCCCAAGCGGAGGACGCAUCGGUGUCCAAGACGGUUUGGCGUCGAGACGUGGAGAAGGAACAACAAGAAGCAGCUCGUGCUGAGCUGCUACUGCGUGCCAUCGACCGCUGAGAGGCCAUCGCGUUGCUUCACUCAAGACCGGUCGAAGACGGCCGAUUGCGACAGAAAAGUCCAAGAGCUGAAGCUUCUCCUUCGACCAUUUGACCAUCAAAUCUCCUUCGACCAUCG